CCUUUGUCAUUUUGUCUCUGUUUGAUUUGAUCUUAUUUUGUUAAUUAGUUGCUUUACAUUACGCAGCAUCUGCGUGCCUUCAUUUGGGUUUUCUCUGCGAUGCUUAGACUAACCAAGAAGAUGCAAGACAGCAUUUUUCUUGUGGUCUGCUUGGUGGUUUCAUCCACUCUCGCUGAGAGCACACAAAAGUCAGAUAUAAAUGACAUUGGCAUGGACAGGAACACCACAAAUGAUUUGUUAGUUGAUGACACCCUUCAGAAGCCAAACACUGGAAGGAGUACUAUUUUAGGAGGAAACGCUCUGUGGAAAUCUCCAGUUCCCUAUGUGUUGGAUAAAAGCCUUGACCUGAAUACUAAAGGAGUGAUCUUGAGAGCUUUUGACCAGUUCAGGGUGAAGUCAUGCAUCGACUUUAAACCAAGGGAUACUGAGGAGUAUUACCUGUCAUUCAAAAACCUAGCUGGGUGCUGGUCAUACGUUGGCAGAGUAGACCCCAAUGGACAAAAUGUCUCCAUUAGUGCAGAUUGUGGUUACAUUGGUGAAGUUGAACAUAUGAUUCUUCAUGCUCUCGGCUUCCACCAUGAAGAGCUCAGAUAUGACAGAGACGAUUAUGUGCAGAUUGACUUUGACAACGUUUUAGCAGGUAAAGAGAAUGAUUUUUCAAAGGUUGGUAAGAAUCUGAGCAGCACCCAUGAUGUGCCAUAUGACUACCUGUCAGUGAUGCACUCGGGUAAAAAUGCACUAACCAAUGGCAAUGGCUCAACAAUUAUCACCAAAGACCCCAAAUUUCAAGAUGUGAUUGGUCAAAGAAUGGAAAUGAGUUCUCAUGAUGCUGAAGAGUUAAACCUUCUCUACAAAUGCAAUUCCACAAUUGCCUCUAUGUUUUUCUGUGACUUUUCUAAUGGGAUGAUGUGCCAAAUGAGUGAAAUCAGCAGCUGUGCACAGAGUGACAAAAAGUGGGAGGUGGUUACACAAGUUAGUAGGGGUCCAAGCUCUGACCACACCUCUCUGCCUGCUGGAAACAAAGAUAAUGGUCAGGAAACAGGAUACUUCAUCCAUGCCAGCACAGCGUCAGGUCAAAAGGGAGAUUCAGCUUGGCUGGAGACACAAAUCAUGACUACAAAAAGAGAAUGUAAAGUCCAGUGUCUGCAGUUUUAUUAUUUCCACAGUGGAAAUGAGCUAGAUGAACUUAACAUCUGGAUCAGAGAGUUUCAAGAUGAGCAUGACACCAAAGGAACUCUCCGUCUCAUGGGACAGAUUACUGGUCAACCAACAUAUCAUUGGCAGAUCCACCACGUUUCUCUCAAUGCCGCCAAAAACUUUCAGGUGGUGUUUGAGGUUCGGAAAGGAGCAGGAAACUCUGACGGCGGCUUCUCCGUUGAUGACAUCAAUCUCUCUGAGACCGAGUGUCCACAUGUGACCCUUCAGAUUGAUGAUUUUGAGAAACUUUUAAGCUCUAGUGACUUUGGAACCAGAAUAUACAGUCCAAGACACUACUCCAAGGAGGGCUACGCUUACCGCAUAGGGGCUAUACUUUACCAGUCAUUUGUUGGAUUGUAUGUGCAGCUCUUAUCUGGUGACUACAAUGCCCAGCUUGAAUGGCCUUGCCUCCGAAGACAAAUGACUUUGCAACUGCUGGAUCAAACCCCAAACAUGCAAAAGAAAAUGUCAAAGCAAAUAAGUUUCGUCACUGAACAAACCCACAUGACUUCGGGUAUCAAUUGGUGGGACAACCCUCUUAAAACUUACAGAACAGAUUUUUUUGAGAAUGGUGAGCUCGUCUAUGGAGGAUUUCUGGUUGGAUACCCCUUUCUUGCAUCAUUAGAAGAACUUCAAACCAGGGAGUUUCUGAAGGGAGGAAGUGCCAUUUUCAUGUUCAACUUUGAAGAUCUCACUCCUCUGGUAAAUGGAAGCUCCCUAUCUUGUCCUCAAGUGCGACCAAUGAAUAACACAAAUCGUUCCACAAAUUUGGGUGGAGGCCCGUGCUUCUUAACAGGUAUUCCUGGGUUCUCUCCUGGAUUGGCAGCUUCUCCAGUUCUCUCCCUUCUGCUGGCAAUGAUAUCUAUGCAGACUUGAUGAACUGUAGAACUGACAUUCAAAUGCUUUACCUUUGCACACAAAUUAACAGUAAUGCUUCUGACUUUCUACAGAUCAUUUUCUUAACCCAAUGAUCAAAAGAAAUCCUACGUUGCUUUCAGAAUUCUGAUUAAGAGAAAGUGUAUGAAAUGAGAAAUUUGCAUUAUAUAAAGGUUUGGUGGUGGGUUUACAUUUUUUUUUUUUGCUUCAAUAGGUAAUUCUUGAUCAUGUUAAAAUAUUGUUAAACAAAUACUUACUGUUGGCUUUCUUCAGAAUUGUGAGGGAGGAACCAGUUUGAAAUUUGUUUUUGGUUUUGAUUUUAUGUUGCAUUUGCAUUUACACAAAUAUGUACUUUGCUAUGGGUCUUUGGGUUUGGUGGCUUAAUAA